UCUUCUUUCUCCUCCCUAAAGAUCCAGACCUGUUUUCACAGUGGAAACAGUCGUUAGAAACGCUGGAAGGAAGGGUGGAGAUCAGGGAAAGGAUUUUUUUAUUUAUCCGUAAAGGGUUGGGCAACAUAAUCCAUCGCAGUUUGGAGUUUACAGCAGAAAACAAAAGGAACCCUGAAGCCUCUCUGGAGCAGGAAUAAGAAGCUUUAGGUUCAUCGCGUCACUCCCGUUUUCUCGCAAAUCUCCAACUAAAGGAAGCCUUUUCACGUAUUUCCGCUCGGGUUUUUAUGUAUGAGCUGCUUCGUCCUGCCUCCACAUCGUGUCUUUGAAUCGUUGGAAGCCUUUUAACUCCAAUUAUUACCGCUGUUGAUGCAGGAUCGCUGUGGAUUGAUUUUAUUUUUGCAGCGCCGCCAAAGAUAAUUGGCCGGAUAAUUGUGAUCUGCCUGGUUUUGUGGUUUGAAUGAUCAGGACUGUUUUUUUCUUUCACUCUCAUAUUUCGUGACGCUUGAGAUGCAGGUUUGAACCACAGAUUGUUUUUAACUGAAGCUGUUUUAAUCAAGCUUUUGAUUUCCGUGCCCGCCUAAAGCUCCUCGACCUGCUGCAGCUUUACCUGUGCGCGCACAUCUUGGCACGUGUCCUCUCGCUUUUUUUCCCCACCCUUCCCUUUUGUUCAGUGACAGAACCAUCACACCAUGGCUCGGCUCUGGUUUUCUGUGUCUUUGCUGGCUAUCGCUGUGUCGCUGUGCCGCGCCGGGGGCGCGCAGGCCCAGGCGGAGAGCCCGCCGGUGGUCACCCUGCGCACCGUCAUCACGGGGACCUGCCAGGAGAUCCAGCGCUACGCCGAGUCUCUGGUUGGAGCAGGAGUGAUACGCUCUGCUUCUGAGAGUGCUGUACUGUAUCUAGAAUCAAUGCUGGGUCAGGAGAACGUCCAAACCUUGGCUAUGUUCCUGCAGAUGGGUAUCCGGUUCUUGGCUGAAGGAGCUGCCAGCGGCCUGAAUGUCAUCGCCGUUUACGUCAGCGAGAUCCUCAGAGUCACAGGAUUUGAUGUUGUGCAGACGCUUCCACGCUUCACCCCAGAGGGUGUGACCGCCGUCGCCCAGUGGGGUCUGGUGGGCCUCAUCGCUUACUGGAUUCUGACCAUCCUUCUCCGUCUGCUAAUUGGUGUUUUCAAGCAGCUUUUCUGGGUGGUGAAAACCGUCCUGGCCCUUUGGCUUUUUGGACUGAUUGUGACUGACAAGCACGCCUCUGCAGAGACCACAGCCAUUCGAGUUGGAGUUCUGGUGCUGGUGGUCGCCCUGCUGACUUUGUUCACCUCCAGCUCAGAGAAGGCUUCUAAUUUGGAGGGCCGGGUGAACAAACUGGAAAACAGGCUGAGGGCAGUGGAGAGGAGGAAAGAGGAUUAGAGAUGGAUAAAGGCGCUGUUGAUGCUGACAAAGAAAGUGGCAACACUUGAUGAUUUCUACAUUUGUGACAACUUUGGGAAAUAAAGUUAUCUCUUGAGAUUUUUAA